CGCAGGGAUGCCUAGCUAAGUACCCAAAUGUGGCAAGAGACCGGGGGGUCUCCCUCUGGGAAGAGUAAGACACAGGGGAUAAGUAAAUAAGUAGUGAGAAAGAAGCAGACGGAACAAGCAAGCAAGGGGGACUCAACGAGCAUGGAGAGGGAAAAGGAUAGGGAGAUGAGAACAGAGAGAUAUAGGGACCCUCUUGGUCCCGACCGCGACACCCUCCUAUGGAGCAUCGGGAAUUAUAAACACAACAGGAGUGGACGAGAACAAAUAACAGGUAUAGCAGAACAGACAGGUAUAGCAACAAGCAACAAGGUAUACGUAUGA